AGUUGGGGGAAGGCAGCAGCACCCCGGGGGGCGGAUGGUGCAUCACAGAAGCUUUCCAUUAUAUAUAGCCUUGUGUCUGUGUUGGGGGGCUGGGAGUGUGUGUGUGCGUGUGUGUUUGUGUGCGUGUCCUGGGACUGGGAGCCUGUAUUGUAAUCCUCCUCACUCUUCACUGUCUAUACACAAAUAAUGAUAAUGAUGAUGAUGCUGAUGAUGAUGUUGGUGGCUGCCCCUGAAUUUUUCUGCGGAUUCACAACUUUUCUGUGACUGCCCUUUUCUCCUUUACCGAUUGAGUUUGAGCUCUUCUCAUUUGCAGUCAUGCAGUCAUGAAUUUGGCGUGAAAAACUUUUAAAGUGGGGGGUUUUUUUGGGGGUUUGUUGAUAGCUAAAGAUUACCCAUUUAGCUUUGCGGUCUGUCAGUUUAUACCUCUUGGAAACAAAAGUCAAAUUAAUUGUUGGGAAAAGGAAAGAAAAUCACGGCCAGCCCACGACGUCCGACGAACCUACCUAGUAAAAUGGGUGUUUUUUAAAUGGCUCUUAUUUGACGGGAUUUUAAUUUUUGUUUUCUUUUUGUUCUUUGUCUUUCUUUUUGUUAAUUGAUUGCAGUGGUUUGUUGCGGGGUAUCAUUGAUUUUUCAUUGGCUUCGUCUUCACCAUAAGGAGUAAUUUACAGGAAGCUGACUUUAUAGGCCUGAGAAUUGAAAUCUUGAUAGGCUGUUCUCUAGUUUGCUGACAUGGGUGAGAGCAGUGAUAUUGGUGGUAGCAGAGAAAUGCAUUCUUCUAUUUCAGCUUAUGGAAAAGGAAGUAAGAACAAGAGGAAGUAUUUGGCAGAGUUUCCUCUGGACAUGAUUGAUGUAUCAGCCCUGUCGUUGACUGAGUUCCCAAGAUAUGAGUUAUUGGAGGAAAAACUUCGCAAUACCCAAAUUGAGCUUGCUCCAGUGGAGGCAAGGUCUGAUAAUCCUUGUCAAGAACAUGAAGUGGAAGAACCUGACCAGGACGAAUGGGAUGAUCCUGUUGUUUGUCAGCUUCAGGAACUUUUAUCAAGUAACCUGCUUGAGACUUUCCGCAGUGCAAUUAAGAAGGUAGUUGAAAGUGGAUACAGUAGUGAAGUUGCUGAGCAGCUUAUUUUGAGGAGUGGCCUUUACCAUGGUACUAAGGAUGUUGUGUCAAAUGCUGUGGAUGGUGCUUUGGCACUUGUGAGUAGAGAAAAGGAACUAGAAACUUCAAGGCAUCAUGUUUUUGAGGAUUUAGACAGCCUGGUGAACUAUACAAUACUUGAGAUGAUAGCAGUGGUUAGGGAAGUUAGACCAUGUUUAACUGUGGGUGAAGCAAUGUGGUGGCUCUUGAUUUGUGAUCUGAAUCUAUUACACGCAUGUAUAGUGGAUAGAGAUCACUUGAGUAGCUUUUGCAUCCCAGAAUAUUCUGGAGAAAGCCCAUGUGAUUCAACAGUUUCUCCAUUGACACCAGAGGCUGCUGAAACAAGUGAUCAAAACCUCAACAAGUCAUGUACUUCGAAACUGUCAGCUCCAAGAACAAAAAAUUCUCAUUCUGAGAUGCCUGCAAUUGCUGCAGUCAGUCAGUUGCCCAACUUAAAGAAUUCCCAUGUUCAUGAUGUUGCAAUCACUGGGAAAGAAGGUUUAGUUCCUCCUGGAGAAACACGGGGGAAAUCCUUGAGCACUGGUCGGGAGCAUGCCCCUACUGUAACUCAAGCUGUUGUAGAAGAAAAAGCUGUGCUUAGUCGAAAGGGUUCAGCAGGUAGUUCCAAGAGAGACAUGCUUCGACAAAAAACAUUUCAUUUUGAGAAAAGUUACAAAGGCCGUAUGUCUAAGGGUGCUUUCAAAGCAAAGCUGACUACCUGGGGUAGCAUGGUGUUGGACAAGUCACUGAAGUCACCGUCUGGCUCUUCUGGUGUGGUAAUGAAGAGUACUUAUUCAAAAAUAACUACUUCAAUUGGAGCUAAUGGUCCUCUUCCUGAUGGCAAUUGUAAUAUCUCUAGUAACUCCACAUCUGUUCACCAAGGGACAGAUGCACCUAGUGUGUUGUCUGUGGCAGACACAGUUUUCGCAUUACCUGCAGUAAACAAGAACAAUCCUACAUCUUCAACGCUUGACCACAAGCCUGCUGCAAAAGCCAAAACUAAUCAUACUAACUCCUCUGAAGUUCCUGAUUAUUAUGCUGGAAUUCCAUAUGAUGAGUCUCUGGGAAAGUAUGUUCCCCAAGAUGACAAGGAGGAAACAAUAGUGAAUCUAGCUUCCCACAUGAAAGCACUGCAGAAAGAAAUUGAAGUCUGGAAGGAUUGGGCAAAUGAGAAGGUGAUGCAGGCUACUCGGAGGCUUAGCAAGGAUCAGGUGGAGCUGAAAAUGUUGAGGCAAGAGAAAGAAGAGGCUGAUAGAUUCAAAAAGGAGAUGCCAGCUCUGGAGGAAGGUUCCAUGAAGAGGCUCUCUGAGAUGGAGUAUGCAAUUUCUAAUGCUGCAGCUCAGAUUGACACUGCUAAUUUGAGUAUUCACAGGCUUGAAAAUGAGAAUAAUGUGCUGAAAAGUCAAGCAGAGGCUGCUAGAUUCCAGGCAUUAAAGGCCAGUACAAAUUUUACUAAGGCGGUGAAGAAAGAGCAGGAGGCACUGAAGGGGCUGCAAUUGGCAGACACGGAGAAGAUUGCUUUGCAGGAGGAGUUAGCAACUCUGAAGCACCAUUUGGCAGAUUUGCAACACCAAUUAGAAAAGGCAAAAACUCGCAAAAACCAGUUUGAGGGAAUGGUGGGGAGGGUGAAUAUCUGGUAUUCAUUCGAACAUUCUGACCAGGUUGAGAAAAACAAAUUUCAGGCCCUAUGGAAGCAGGAAGAACGAGAAAAACUAAAGUAUUAUAGACAAGCUGAGUCACUGAAGAGGGAAACUGAACAACAGAAAGCUCGGACAAAAGCAGAGGAGGACAACCUGCGAGAGACAGAUGAAAGAAAUUUACAAAAUUGCAUGGAAAAUGUUAAGAAGCUUGAGAAAGAAAUUUCUGAGUUGAGAUUAGAGUCUGAAUCUUCAAAAAUAGCAGCACUUCUUAGGGGAGUUGAUAUUGGCUAUGGUAGUGGCUUAAUGGGUAGCAAAGUUGCCUCUGCUUGUCAGGGUUUUCAGGUGCCCAAAAUUAACAAGAGGUUGGCAGUCUUCCAGGACAAUUUUGGGGCAGGGGCAGGAAGUGUAAGGCCUGAAAGGGAGUGCGUUAUGUGUUUGACAGAAGAGAUGUCCGUGGUAUUCCUACCAUGUUCACAUCAGGUUCUUUGUGCAGAAUGUAAUGUCCUCCAUGAAAAGCAAGGCAUGAAGGAUUGCCCUUCAUGCAGGACGGCAAUCCAGCAGCGAAUCCCGGUGCGAUACCUCAGUGCUCAGCAUCCUUAAUAUUUUACCAGGAGAAUGGAGUAGAUUGUUCCUAGUAGGUAAUCGCUCAGCAUUUGCCAUGCUGACAUUUAUGCCUCUUUGGCCUUUUGGUUGGUGGUGGAAACAAAGUACAAGAGAAUACGUAACAAAACUAAGAAACUGAAAAGAAAGGUGUUAAUAGUUGGUGCUGCCUUGUCAGGCUUAGAUGCAACUUUUUGAAACAUUUACUUAUUGUGCAUCCAUCUCAAUCAUUAUAGUGCUCGUUGCCUGUUCAAGUCUCAAA